AUGUCGCUGAAAGCGAUACUCAACCUUCUUGAUGACAUCACGUCGGAGGUCGAGAGGUUCAACGAAGGCAAAUGGGAGAUACUCUCCGAAACCAAUCUGCCUGUUAUUCUAGAUCAAGAGAUCGUGGACGUUCGUCACAACUUGGCGAGGUUCUCAGACAUGAUUACCGACAUCGACACUAUCGUUGGAAGUCUCCUGGACUGCAGAUGGAAGCUCGAGAGUCAUAGAUUGGGGCACUCUAGGUCUAUCUCUGCGGUCAUUCGUCUCCCAGCUGAGAUUCUAUCAGACAUCUUCGUUCGAUCCACGGCUAUAGAGGUGGACUUCUCCCGGAGCAGGUCUCGAAUACCUCCUCUUCACGAGACAAUCUCACCCGGUCGCAGCGUCUCAGUCAGCCUAGCGCAGGUGUGUAGAAGAUGGAGGGAGAUUGCUUUGUCCACUCCUCAGAUUUGGAAUUUCAUCGCUCCCUUCGACAGACAUGAUGCACUUUGUGGUGGUACGCUGCCCCAUUUCGAUGAACUGGUGGCACGAUCAGGAUCUGCUCCCCUCCACCUAUUUUGCAAGCCUGGAGAGGCACAGCAGCUUAUCGAGCUCUUUGACGUUAUCUCUGUCAAUGGCCCGCGAUCUCGUACUAUCGGUCUUGUCAUUGAUGCAAACGAGCUCGAGAGUGACCAGUGGCUCGAUGACGACGUUGACAGCUGGAUCGCAAGCUUCCCCAACCUCCGCCGGUUGACGCUGAACCGCCUUGAUGAGUUUCCAACUCAAGUGGUUUCACGCAUUUAUCACCUCACCCAUCUUGACAUUCAAGGCGCGUACGCGACAGAGUUUGUCGAAGUCAUCGGGAUGCAUUGGGAGUAUCUUGAAUGCCUUGUCGUAAACGGCGGAAGUAUGGAAGGAAUCACGUGGAACAGCCUUUCUGCCCGUAUCCCUCAACUAAAAGAACUCUAUGUGCAAGCAUACUCAACCGGAAGAGCGGACUCGGGCGACGAAGAAGACGAUGACCCCAGUAGCAACGAAGUCGUAUAUCCUAUCCACCCCCGCCUUCAAGUCCUAAGCCUUUCCGAUGUCUAUCAAGACACACCAAAACACAUUGACCUAACCCAAUUCGACCGCGCAUUUCCCGUACUUUCCCACCUUGCGCUCACCUGGAGCCGCAUGCAAGACAUCCGCGAGGGGCUGAGCGGAGCCCUUGAACGCAGAACUCGGCCGAUGCAAUCUCUCGCAAUAUGCUACGGCAUGUAUCCUCCCAGCCUUACGCAGGAGAGCGCGCUUCUCCGCCUCGGUGAGCAAUAUAAUAUCGAGUCGGUAGAAUACGUGCCAAGGUGGCACAACUGGAGUGUCUAUGCGGAUACGAUGGAGAAAUGGUACUCUCCCCAUGUGGCUCGACACCCAGGUCUACGUUGA